GCAGCCUCUGCAUUUUUGUCUUUUCCUAAAUGCUAACAUGGCGAAAAAAAGACUGAUGUAAAGAAAAACAGGGGCAGAAGAAAUGUGAAAAUAGGAAAACCAAACAUUUUCAUGGAGAGCAAAGGUCAGAAGCAAAGGGAGGAGAAUCCGGGCUCCUUUGCACCAGAAAACCUGCAUCAAAAUGCUGAUAGCAGAAAAGACGACUGAGUUCCCUUCCACAGAGUUCUCUCUGCUGGAGGAUGUUGCUCUCCACUUCACUUGUUUGAUGGACAGACUCAAUGAGCAGCGCCUGUUUCAGCCAGAUCUUUGUGAUGUAGACAUUGUGUUGGUUCGGCAGAAGAACACGUUUCCUGCACACAAGGGGGUCCUUGCAGCCUACAGCCAGUUCUUUCACUCGCUCUUCACCCAGAACAAGCAGCUCCAGAGGGUGGAGCUUUCCCUGGAAGCUCUGACUUCUCAAGGCCUUCAGCAGAUCCUUAACUUCAUCUACACCUCGAAGCUGCUGGUGAACUCCUGCAACGUACAGGAUGUGUUGAACGCGGCCGCUGUCUUUCAGAUGAGUGACAUUGUGACUUCCUGUCAGGAGCUCAUCAACAACCGCUCAUUGACCUUGACCAUCACAGGGAACAUGUCCAAGCAGGACGGCCAAGGCAACCCACUUCCCUUGCAGUUCUACCGAGAGAUCAAGCAAGAGGUGGAUCCUCCCCACACCAAAAUCUACGCCAGAGAGGGCAACAAUCCCUACUCUGUACGCGUCGAGGACAACGCUGGACCGAAGCACCAGCACAAGGAGUAUUUUAAGGAGGAGGAAUGUCGCGGGCCGGGGUCUUGCAAGAUUGAGGGAGACGCAGAGGAAUCCAAAACCUCGGACAGUCAUGGCACUUUCAAUCGGGAGCAGAUCAUUGUGGAGGUCAACCUCAACAACCAAACCCUGAAUGUUUCCAAAGGGACAGAAGGCAAAGCUUCAUCCAUCGAGGCCACCGCCAUGCUGGGAGUGUGCCGUGGUGAAGAGCAGGACACUGAGGAGGAGGAGGAGGAGGAGGAUGAGGAGGAGGAAGAACAUGAUGAUGAUGAUGGUGAAGAUGCAGAUGUUGGAGAAGAGGAUGAAGAUCAGACUGAAGAAGACGAUGACCUGGUGGACUCCAGCGAAGAUGAGGAUGAUGAUGAGGAAGAAGAUAAUAAUGACAUUCCGGAAGUCAAAAAGGCAAAAGUGGAGAGGCCGCGGAGGAGGACCAGAGUUUCGGGAGAUGCCAAGGCCACAGUGUCCACACAGCAAGUUGAGAGCAGCGUCAAGGUGGUUGGGAACCACAGGAGGAGGAAGAGGAAGACAGACCAGGAAGGCUUGGGCCAGAAGGUGAAACUGGAAGACAAAGAGCAUUUCCCUUGUAAGAAGUGCCCGCGGGUCUUCAACAACCGCUGGUACCUAGAGAAGCACAUGAACGUGACGCACAGCAGGAUGCAGAUCUGUGAACGGUGCGGCAAGAGAUUUCUACUGGAGAGCGAGCUGCUGCUGCACCACCAGACGGACUGCGAGAAAAACAUCCAGUGUGUAACCUGUGGAAAGGCGUUUAAGAAGCUCUGGUCUCUCCAUGAACACAAUAAAAUUGUCCACGGCUAUGCAGAAAAGAAAUUCUCAUGUGAGAUCUGUGAAAAGAAAUUCUACACAAUGGCUCAUGUCAGAAAACACAUGGUUGCUCACACAAAGGACAUGCCGUUUACCUGUGAGACCUGCGGGAAAUCCUUCAAGCGCAGCAUGUCUUUGAAAGUGCACUCGUUGCAGCACUCGGGAGAGAAGCCCUUCAAAUGUGAGAACUGCAGUGAGCGCUUCCAGUACAAGUACCAGCUGCGCUCCCACAUGAGCAUCCACAUUGGACACAAGCAGUUCAUGUGCCAGUGGUGCGGGAAGGACUUCAACAUGAAGCAGUACUUCGAUGAGCACAUGAAGACACACACCGGAGAGAAGCCAUUCAUCUGUGAGAUCUGUGGGAAGAGCUUCACCAGCCGGCCCAACAUGAAGCGUCACCGGCGCACGCACACGGGGGAGAAGCCGUACCCCUGCGACGUGUGCGGACAGCGCUUCCGCUUCUCCAACAUGCUCAAGACACACAAGGAGAAGUGCUUCCGGGUUAGCAACCCCAUCGGCCUCGCCAAUCAGGGAGCAGCAGAAACAGUAGCCAUGCCCCUGUCCCUCCCCCUGCUUCCCUCCAUGGCAGCCAUCGCCCCACUCCCUCACCUACCCCCCCUGCCACCGCUGUUCCCAGCCGGGAGGGUAAACAGCAACUGAGCAGAGAAACACCCCCACACACACACACAUGCUCUCACUGUAAACAGCAACUGAGCAGAGAAAUACCCCCACACACACACACAUGCUCUCACUGUAAACAGCAAAUGAGCAGAGAAACACCCACACACACACACACACACACACACGCUCUCAUUGUAAACAGCAACUGAGCAGAGAAACACCCACACACACACACACACUCUCACUGUAAACAGCAACUGAGCAGAGAAACACCCACACACACACACACACACUCACUGUAAACAGCAACUGAACUGUGGGGGCGUGCACCAGGGGGGGUGGGGGGUGCAAGCAGGGGCACUGGCCCCUCCAAUAAUAUUUCCAAAAUAUUGAUUAUUGCUUAUCAAUGUAUUGCGUUUGCCCUUCCUGUUACUGCCACUCACAAACUGAACGGAUUUCCUCAUAACAUGCAGUUAUGGACACGCGUGGACUCGGUUUGCACGUGCUCCCCCAUAACGUGCAGUUAAGGACUGGCACGUGGGCCCCUUUAAUGUUUGAGUCCAGCUGCAGUGAUACAAUUACUGGAAAAAUUGCACAUUUUUUAAAUUAUGCUAUUUUAUGCUGGACUGAAAACCUUAUAACUGUUAAUAUACUAAAAGGAAAACACUAGUGAAGCUGAAUCAAGCAUUUUAAUGCAGAGCUCCUGAAAUGCAGUACGAUUUAUUUGUACACCACAUUGAGCCUAUUUUAACGCUUAGGAAUCGGACAAUGCAAAGUCUUUGCCAGAACUCAUGAAGGUCUGUAAAGAACACGGCCUGGAACUCUUGUAUCCUCAUGUAUUCUGUAAAGAACAUGGUCUGGGGCUCCUGUAUCCUCGUGUAUUCUGUAAAGAACACGGCCUGGGACUCCUGUAUCCUCGUGUAUUCUGUAAAGUUCACAGCCUGGGACUCCUGUAUCCUCAUGUAUUCUGUAAAGAUCACAGCCUGGGACUCCUGUAUCCUCGUGUAUUUGACCUGCUGGUGCUUUUGGCCGUGCAGCCUGUUACAGCUGGAACUGCAGAAAGAUGUGUCAGUGUUAAAAAGCUCCACAGCGUCUGGACUUUCAUUGAAAUGGCAAGUGAGUGUAAUGCCAUUUAUUUAUAACCAUGUCAAUGCACGCACGCACACACACACGCACGCACGCACGCACGCACGCACGCACGCACGCACGCACGCACCACACACACACACACACACACACACGUGAAGGUCAUACUCUUGGUAAGGCUGACCUCCAUUUUUUGAGCGUGGAACCCAUUGCAGCUGAGAAGAAGCUGUUCAGCAGUAAAGGGACGCCGGCCUCAGGAUCGCUAACCACUCCCACUUCUUUUAUUCUUUUAGUUUUGAUUUUUUUAAUGUCUCGACUUGUCAAGUUCAGUUAAGUAAAGAAAUGCAGAGACAGUGUUAUUUUGGACAUUGUAUUUUACUGUGGGAUUUCCUGUCUGUGCUCUGUAUGUUUCCACACACAAGCCCAUACAGCACAGAAAGCUUGUUGAAUGACAUCCCCAGCCUGGAGAUUGUGAUGGUGAAAUCGUACAGAGUCCUUCAUCAUUCCGCCUGGCUGCUCCGUUCUCACGAUACAAGAGGAUGGAACAACAAUUUUUCUGGGAGAAGCACAUGAAACAGGAUGUUUAGAAGGCAUAAGGGAUUCUCCUCAUACAGAAACACAUGAAACGGAAUGUUUGGAAUGCAUACGGGAUUCUAAUCACACAUGAAACGGAAUGUUUGGAAUGCAUAAGGGAUUCUCCUCACACAUGAAAUGGAAUGUUUGGAAUACAUAAGGAUUCUCCUCAUACAGAAACACAUAAAACAGGAUGUUUAGAAGGCAUAAGGGAUUCUAAUCACACAUGAAACGGAAUGUUUGGAAUGCAUAAGGAUUCUCCUCACACAGAAGCACAUGAAACAGGAUGAUUAGAAGGCAUAUCCAUGUGGUAGGCAGUGGAACUGUUUUGGGAGCAACACCUUAGUUGAUUAAUGAGUUUCAAAAAUGAAUUUGAAUAAAAUGAAACCCUUCAGACUGUCGAGCUGUGCUGAAAUGCGUGCUUGCUCUUACAUGUGUAAAGCAGCAGUGGUAAGAAUGUUUUUCUGUAAUAAUUGGCACACACACACACAAAGGCAGUCUCAAGGUUUUGAAAUUCAGGAUCCUCUUGGACAAUUGAAAUGCUAAAGAGAGCCUGUGUUAGUUUUGCUGGCAGGUGGUAAUAAUAUAUAAUAAUAUCAGAGCUGCAGGCAACCUUGAGUCAUGGAUUUUCUGUAUAUUUUCUUUUUUUUCAUAGAAAUUUGCUUUUAUGAAGGGUGGGGGUUGAUUUGAAAUUCUUCAGUUCAGUCCGGCCAGUGCGGUGUUCUUGAAAUGAUGUGAAGAAAUUCUAAAACCUAUGUUUCCAUGUACAGUGUAUGUUGUUCUCAUCCUGGUAAAUUUGGCAUCUGACCACAUGACCACAACUUACACUAUAGGCAGGGGCUAGUGCACAAUCUGCACUCAUGUGGUCUAAACCUGACCUCUUUAGCUGCAUGCCUGGCUUGACACACUGACUGAUACAUGUCUACAGACCCAGACAGUUUGUACAUGUGUAUAUUUAUAAAUGUUACAAAGACAGUCACGUUGUUAAGUCGUCCCAGUUUCUCUGUUGUAUUAACCUUGUAUGUAUUUAUAUUGUCACAUGUUUAAAUGGGAGGAGCAGAUAUGUCUUUUUGUACAUUUAACAUGUUUUGGUCAGGUGAGAAGCCCAUAUCAUGGGUGUGUUUAUUCUAAGUAUUCGGUGGCUACCUGUAAUCUAGUUGACAGUGUGUGAGAAAUACAUUCUCAACUUGAUUAGCGCAGCCACCAAAUACUUAGAAACAUGCACUAAACACACCCAUGAAUGUGGGAAUAUCUGCUUAUUAUAAUGGCUUCAGAGUUACUAUGACGUCAAUGGAAAGCUGGAAACCCUAAUGUGUGU